GUAAUGAUAUUGCCGAGUCCAUCUAUUCUCUCUCCAUUUCUCUCUCUCUCUCUCUCUCUCUCUACUGCGACCGACUCCGCUCACGUAUCUCUCUCUCUCUCUCUCUCUCAUCGAUCGCUUCUGAAUCGAUCCCUCUUUUCUCUCGAGGAAUGGCAUCUUCCUCUGACAAAUCAGAAGUAGCGGAAAAGAAAGCGGGAAAGGAGGAAGAAGGCAAGCACGAGGGAGGAUUCAUCGAGAAGGUGAAGGAUUUUAUUCAUGACAUUGGCGAGAAGAUCGAGGAGGCCAUUGGAUUUGGAAAGCCGACUGCUGAUGUUACUGGGGUCCACUUUCCCCACAUCAAUCUGGAGAAGGCAGAGAUUGUUGUCGAUGUUUUGAUCACAAACCCUAAUCCCGUCCCUAUCCCACUUGUCGACAUAGACUACUUAAUAGAAAGUGAUGGACGAAAGCUUGUAUCUGGUUUGAUUCCUGAUGCAGGAACGAUACAUGCUCAUGGUUCUGAGACCGUCAAGAUUCCCGUAGUGUUAAUCUAUGAUGACAUCAAGAGCACGUAUCAUGAUAUCAAGCCCGGAAGCAUAAUCCCUUACAAAAUUAGGGUUGCUCUUAUCGUUGAUGUGCCCAUUUUUGGAAGGCUCACUUUGCCUUUGGAGAAGACCGGUGAAAUCCCUGUGCCUUACAAGCCAGAUGUUGACGUUAAAAAGAUUAAGUUUAACAAAUUCUCUUUUGAAGAGACAAUUGCAACACUCCACGUGACAUUAGAAAAUAAGAAUGACUUUGAUCUCGGACUUAAUGAGUUGGACUAUGAAAUUUGGCUAACUGAUAUAAGCAUCGGAUCUGCUGAGCUCACUGAAUCUACAAAGAUAGAGAAACACGGGAUUACUCUGAUGAAGAUUCCGGUCUCUUUUAGGCCCAAGGACUUUGGAUCUGCUCUUUGGGAUAUGAUCAGGGGAAGGGGUACUGGUUAUACUAUUAAAGGAAAUGUUGAUGUGGACACACCUUUUGGACGAAUGAAAUUACCCAUCAGCAAAGAGGGUGGGACUACCCGUCUUAAGAAAGAGGAUGAUGACGACGACGACGAUGAGGACUAGAUCCCGCGCCUCGAUGCCCUACAUAUUCUUAAUGAGUUAAAGAGAGCUUCAUAUAUUAUAAGCUUGGUAAGUCGCCUACCUAGUUUCUAAUUUUCCUGUCUCUCAAACUUUUGCUCCAAUGGACAAUGUUUGUUAUUAUAAAACACUAUGUAAAAUAUGCUGCUCUCUGUUACUAUGUAAGACCCUUCUGGGGAGCUCAUAUUUUGGAUUAUGUUGUAACUGCUUCCGUUUUUCUUAUGUGUUGAGGUAUGAUGAUGUGUUUUUUUAGCCUUAUCAA